UGUACAUUACAUCAAAAUUUGGGUACUCUCCAAAUUUCUCGCGACUUGCCAUAUGCGCCCAUCUACAUAACAGUACCUAUUGUUUUGGCAACAAUACAAUUAAUUCGACACAAAUCACCUACUGUAAACUGCAUCCGAAGAAAAAACAAACGGAGAGAUCUUGUCGAGAUGGCGACUCCUACGCCCCCUAAAAGUAUGUCUUCGAGACUGCUAACUAUGAAGUUCAUGCAAAGAGCCGUAGCUUCUCCCGCCUCUUCCUCUCCCACCACGCCAAAUUCAGACGAGCAGGCUUCAAAACGACGCAAGGUGGUACACAAUCCUACGAGAAGCGACGGUCCAAAUUCGAUUGCACAGAUAGACCAGGCCGCGGUACAGGCCGCUAUUGCUGAGGAAGAGAGGAAACGACAGGAGGCGUUGGUACAACACGCCGCGGAGCUUGGGGAUGCGCGUUGGGUUCUUGAUAUAGGAGACAAGGCCGCAGAAUCUCACAGUGAAAUCCAAACACCUCUAAAUGUGGUUCAAGUUGGCUUCGCUCAGAUUGACUCCCAAAUUGACCCUUCUGAUGCUGUUGGUCUUGAUGAUACCGAUUCAGCUGACACCUCAUACGCCAGAACAAUGGUGAGACGGUACAACAUGGAGAACAAAAAGACAGUAAAGGACGACGAGACCGGGAGCGAUGAUUCCGACUCUGACUCUGACUCCGAUUCAUCCUCACAAGGCAAUGAGGCAAGGCGGAAAUCGUACGGCCAAAGACCAGAAGCGCGUCCAAUUCCUUCUCGGCCGGCCUUGAAAACGAAGAAAAGUGUCGAGUGGUCUAAGGCUAAGCAAUUUGCUGAGGCACGGAGAAAGAAGGACGUCAAGUUGAAUAGCCCCAGAACACCUUCUACGUCCGGCGGUUUGUUAUCAAUCUCCUCGGGAGGCGGCACCUCACUUCGCCAACCCUCAAGCUUUACCUGUCACCGUUGUGGCAAGCCUGGUCAUAGGGCCGCGGAGUGUCCCAAGCGGUCAACACGCUGAUUCAUGUACGAUGAGCAGGUAGUUAUCUGCCAGCCUUUUGAACAGUGUGAUAAUAGGCUAAGCUUAGAUUCUAUACGUACCUAGCUAUGCUCAUGGGAAUUAGGCAAGUGUGCCAUUGAAGCACAUCCAUGGAUACCUCCCAUACACCCGCUUUCAUGCGAAUUUACGCCUUGCAGAACUUUGCAUUGAUCCGGAUCACCUGAUCAAAAUGUGACCUCCCCCCCUUGUGAGCAACCCUUUAGGGACACAAAAUAGAAAGCUAUAUUCCGAAUUGCGAGAUGGCUUCACGUAAGUGUCUUCUAGGGACAACUAAUGAGAACCUUCCUAGAUAUCUAGGUACGCAUGGGGCUAUGAACCUGAUUAGUGAACAUCGCUAUCAGGCACUUUGUGAUCCUUGCUUGAGGCUAACUCUUACUUGAGGGCAUACUUUUUUGUUCCCGCCACACACUUAAUCCUCCCAGAUAUAAUACAGCACGUGUCAGUUUCUAGGCUACAUAGUCUACGUAGAGGUGAAGGGAGUUUGAGUCUAGACACUCGGCACAGCGACCUCUGAGAUGACUGGAGCCCGAGUACUUCGGCUCCUAUUCCGGUCCGCUCCGCUUACGCCCUAACCAACCCGUCAACGCCACCCAGUCAUUUUCCUAUAUAUUGCUUAACCUACAUAUCUAAUAAACUCCUAUUCGUCCGCAUAGCGGCAUGAGUAGAACUGUACGCAGGCCGUGGUGUA